UGCUCACCCCUGCUUGUCCAGCUAUAGGUAACAAGUUCUCCCUCGCAUAAUAACCACAACUUCUCGCAAGAGUUAUCAAGGCAGUUACAUUUCAGUUUUGGGGUCGCGUGUGUGGGCUUAACGACUGGAAACCGAAAUGAAAGCUGAAACAAUAAGGCAAAGAAGCUUCAACAGGAUCAACAGUAGUAUUGGUCUAAUUCAGCUUGGAAGAUCAGGAUCUGAUGAUACUUUGAUGGAAGAACAAUACUGUAUUAAGGAAAUGCAGGAGCUGCAUGGUUACCUUGACAUGGUGAAAGAGAUGAUAAGACCAGGUUGCUCGCAGGAAAUGCUACAAGUGGCAUUGAAUUCCUUGGCAUUCCUUUUCGACAUUCUCACCUCAAUGUCCUCAACCCCAAGACCUCUUGCCUCGCUUUGACUCCAUUUUUAGUCAUAAGAUGUAUUAUACAUACAAGAAAAACACUCAGUGGUUGCUUUUAUUUUAUCUGAUGUGAAUCUAUCACCUUGUCUUCUCUUUUUUUUUUUUUUCCUUUUUUGUACUUAAUAUCAACUAGUAAGUAUAAUUUGAAGAAACAUUCUCGUGGUUUCUUGUUUGUAUACUUUUAAAAAAAAUUGACAAUCUUUUCUCUCAUGAAAAGAUAAAAUUAUCCUUUUAUGUUUUUCUCAAAAUAUGAUUUUCUACUGUAAUUAUCAAAAAAUAAAUCACAAUAAUCAAUAAUUCACAUAAACGUAAAAUGCAUUUAAGGAUAAUACUCUUAAACAACCUUUGAAUGGCAAAUCCCAAACCCAAAGAUCAAAUCCAAACUAAUAACAAAUUCCAAACCAAACUUGAAGGUACUAAAAAUUGAAAAAUCAAGAUAGGAUAGUUGAGUAAUAAAGCCAAGGAAAUAUGCCAACAACAAAUUAUAUCUCAAAGAUUUCACUCUCCCAAAUUCAAAAGAUUACACAUUUGAAAUUUGCCCAAAUCUAAUAAAAACAGAAAAAUAUACCCUUAAUUAAUCCACAUAACACAAAACAUUAAAACUAAGAAUUUAAUUAAUCAAAAUCUUCAAAGAGAUUAAGCCAAACAAAUCUUUUUCUAAAUAAUUACAUUUCACAUAACUGCAUCAAUAAACCAUAUUUCACAAAUCUAAUUCACAAUAUAAAGCCAAUCUUGAAGAUUGACGAUCUGCAACAUGCAUCGACAGUGAUAGAAUUAGAUAAGGAAAGACAAUCGAUGGAACUCAGGAGAGAGGAGUGCAGAAGUGACUUCUGAAAUAUUAACAAAUCUUCAAUUUUAAUGAUCGUCUGAUGACUAAUGGAGACUCAAUUAGUCGAAAAGAAGAAGAAAAGGAGGAGUUGAUGAUCGGUAAUUUUAAGUGAGGAAUUGAGGGUUUGGUUUGGGUAUAACAGGGUGAGAGAGAGGACUUGGGAUAGAGAGUAGCUGUGGAGAAAAAAAAAAAAGAAAAAAGAAAAA